AUGACUUUCACACCCUUCUAUGCUUUAGUAGAUAGAGAAUGGCAAAGUCAUGGAGCCCAAAACAGAGGCAAGUCAUGUGUUAGAGCUUAGAUGUCGAGGUCGUGCUUUUCCAGCCAUACUUUCACCACAGUCCAAAAAUUCACAAGCAGAGUGUCAAGUAGCAAGAAUGAGAAAGAGCUGCUUGGUUCACUUGAAUCUCUGGAACCUGCUGCACAGGGGAACUUGGCAAUAUUGUUCUGAGUUUCCACAUGCUAAGGACAACUCUGGGCAAGGUAACUUCCAAGUCCCUUCUUUGCCAACAACCAUGUGAUUCUAAAGCUAAUAUGUGUGUAUAUCCUUUUAUAUUUUUAGUUUGAACUUGGUCAGCUCAGUCAGUCAUGCUGUAGUCCCAUUUAGGAGUCAGCAGAACAAGUGGAACUAAAGUAUUUCUUGCUUUGAAUCUGCUACAUGCAUGAAGUAGACAAGGAAAAUUCCAUAAGGUGCUCUACUUCAUUCCUCUUGAGCAACUGACAACUGCAAAGAAAUGCAAGAGAAAUAAGUCUAUUUUCUGGAGAAUACCCUCACAAUUAAAAGUCUGCUGUUACUUUUAGAAGGCAGAAAUGCAACACCCACACUUGGAAACUCCCUUCUCUACACCUGCAUUCAAGAUCUUACUAAUCAAGUAAGAGAAAGGUUUAAUGUUCUAAAGCAACCUGGACAUUAUUUACUCAGCCUCUUUCCUGGACCAACCUACUGAAGUGUUCAGAUUCUUAGAGUGGUGUUGUCCCCCUCCAAGAAGGAAUCAAAAGCUGAUCUUUACCCUAAAUCAAUAAAUCAUUGAACCUUAACAAGUAAUCGUAGUAAGGGGGGAAAAUGCUCAAGGCAACCUUACUGCAACCUUGUCUUCCAGCUCAGUCCAGCUGUGCUGGACCCAGCAAGUCAAGCCAAAAUCCAAAUGGCUUUAAGAAGGCCAAGCCUGACUCUGGGGAAGGCUAUGGUGGUUUGGGAGGGCUGCAAGACAAGGAGAAAGAAAGCAAACUAAGAGGUCUGCACAUUGGAAAGCGUUGCCCUGCAGAUCCAAAGGACCAAGAGCUAAAAGAGUCAACAAGAGAACACUUCCUAUGGAAAUCCCAGACAUCCAACGGAGAUAUGCUAUCACUCCAAAAAGAUGGAAGUGGCUUGCCCACUGGUGGUGGAUGUCCUUUGACAAGAGAUCCUCCGAGCCCUGCUCCUGAUCUACUCCAAACUGGAUUCGACACCAGAGAUGAUCCAAGUCAAGAGUGGAAAGUGGUGAAAGUAAAACGGGUCCUUAUUUCUCCUGUUGGUGAAUCUAGGAAUGCAAAUAAUUCAAGAAGUCCUAGCCUUUCUGAGAAAGAGCUGAAGGAAGCAAAAGCCAGAAGCCAGAGAAUCGCUGCCCAGCUGACCACCCCACCCAGCUCCAACUCCAAAGGGGUCCUGCUGUUUCACAGGCGCAAGCAGCGUGUGAACGCAUUUACUCUGGAAGCCCCCAAGGCCGCGAUCCGAGGACCGGAGGCUGUGGAGGACAGCCCCAGGGCAGUUGCUCACCACAGCACUCCAAGCCACGGGAAAGAACCCCAUUUGAAGCAGGCCUGCGGAGACAAGACAGAGCCAAAGGCUUUACCUUGCACCAAGGGUUUUGGUUUGUGGAAGCAAGAAGCCACCAUGGAAAAGUAUGAGGAGAACCUGGCACAGCCUCUAGGUAAUGCCCAGGGCCCUCAGUGGAACAACAUAAAAGGUGAGGAGAAGACAACAUUAUCCUCUGCAGAGAUCCCAGAAGAAGACUUUCAGCAGAUCCCGCUCAGUGUAUACCUAAAGGCAAGUACAGGGACAGCUUCAACAAAUGGAAUGCAUGAACUUACAAGCAACAAAUCUGAAGUAGCACCUCUCACUGAUGAACGAGCACAAGCUACUGACAAUUUAGAAAAUGUACAACCCAUCGCUGAUGUUGUGUCUGUCACUGACAGGGAGAACAACAGUGCCGUUCUUAAAAAGGAGUUAUACAUGCUGCAUGUGGACAGAGAAAAUAAUGUUCUUGAUAAAGACCCCUACCUACCCCUGAUUGGCAGUGAAAAGAACAAUAUCCCUGGCAAGGAACCCGAUGGACCUAUUACUGACAGGGAGAAUAAUAUUGUUCCUGAGAAGGCAUUGAGUGAACCAGUAACUGAGAGGAAAGAGAACGGAGAGAUUCUCAACAAGGAGCAGGACAUGUCGGAACCUGACAACAAGAACAUUUUCCAUGGGGCUGACACUGAGGAGCCCAUCCUGUUCACUGACGUAAAGCCUAGUGACAUACAAACUCACAGUAAUAAGCAGUACUGUGAAGUCCGCCUGGCUUUGCCUAAACCAAUGCCUGUGAAGAACCGAACUGCAAGACCAUUUGGGACCCAAACAUUAACUGCAACCCAAACACCAGGGGAGAAAAGCCCGGUGGUGGAGCUUCCUCCACCUCAGUCAUUAACUGCAACCCAAACACCAGUGGAGAAAAGCCCGGUGGUGGAGCUUCCUCCACCUCAGUCAUUAACUGCAACCCAAACACCAGCGGAGAAAAGCCCGGUGGUAGAGUUUCCUCCACCUCCCACCUACGCGGAAACAUUUUCCAGUCCUCCUCCAGUAACAAGGGUGAGGUCCCCGCCAGCCUACUCAGCACUGUAUCCUAGUGAAGAGCAGAAGGCCCCUGCUCUGCAAGGGGCUAAGUAUGAAAACAGCAGGCAAGGACCCCCGGCUGGAGAGAACAGAGAACCACCACCAAAGAAGACAGGCAUUUUGGAGGAAUCUGUCUCCCGCAGAGCAAACAAAAAGUUCAUGUUCACCUUUGUUGAGAAGCCAAAAGUGGCUCCUAAUCCAGACCUUUUGAAUUUAGUGCAGAAAGCAGACAACAGGAAGAAACAGAGAGGGCAAGGAGGCACCAUUCCUGAAGAUGAACCAUUUGCUUUGGGAGCAGAGGCCUCGAACUUCCUGCACGAUGGAGCACCUCAGACUCCUGCAGAUUCAGCCCCAGAGUGGUCUUCCUGUCUGAGGUCACCAAAAAUACAACCCAAGCCUAUGAUCCAAUCUACCCAAACCCUGUCAGAGGCAAGAGGAAAAGGGGCAGAACUCUUUGCCAGAAGGCAGUCAAGGAUGCAGAAAUAUGUCAUAGAGUCCCCAUCGCACCCAGAUAUGGCCAGGUCCCCUUCACCCACCAUGUCCCUCCCUCCCUCCUGGAAAUAUGCUUCUGAAACUCAUCUCUCCCCCAUGGCAUUCCAGCCCACACCCACAAGCCCUGCCAGAUCGCCAAAGACUCAUCGGGUACCUCUGUACAACAGCAACAUGUCAGAGAGUGGAAUUUCCAAAAAGGAGCAGAAAAUUUUGAAGCAUCCCCCAGACCAGCUGCAGUCUUCCCUGUUCAUCCUUUCCCCAGUGAAAAGCCCAUUAAGGUCUUUGCCAAGCAGGGCACCGCCACCAAAGCCGAUGGCUCCUGAAACCGGUUAUAUGAGGCAGGUUUCUUGCCCCACAUCGCCCUUGCCCCCCACGCCUAUUUUGCAUCUACCAGCCCAGUCCAGCCCGAGCAGCUCAUUGCCUGGUCUUCUGGCCCCAUCAGCUGAGACUGUGCUUGCACCUCAGAACAUCAGAACAAGUGCUGGAAUGCCGCCAGAAGCAUCCUUUGAAUAUUCUGCUAGAAUUUUGUCACCACGAGCAAAAGGAGUCUUCCAAGCUCCGAGACCUUCUUAUUCCACCAAGAGUGCAGGAAUUGAGCCUCAGGAAAGAAAGGCGUCCCUGCCUGCUUCCCCAACAUGGACUCCACGGCAGCUGCGACGGCAUACGAGCAGCUUAGACGGCUGGCUGAGCCCAGCGCCAACUCCAGAGCCUGAGGAUGGGCUCAUUGAAGCCUUUCGAGCCAGCAGUAUCAUGAGUUCUCCUCCCCCCAUGUCUCCCUCCUGGAGUGAAAGGUCUCUGUCCCCAUUUCGACAGGAGGCAGACCCCAAGUCCAGCCGGCAGAUGCAGGCGCUCCUGGCCAGAAACAUCAUCAAUGCUGCCCGGAGGAAGAGCACUUCUCCCAAAGCCACAGGGGUGGAGAGCUUCAGGCCUUUCACUCCCCCUGCCACUCCUGCUGACAUGCCAUCUUUGGGGGGCAGCCCCAAAAGUGUGGGUAACCAUUCCCCAAGCCCACUGCAGUCGCCCAGACCCACAAGGGUGGAUGGAUACAGGCGUGUCUCCCUCCCCGUCUCCACGGCGCUGCCACAAGUCAGCGCUGCCUCAAGCAACAGCCCCAGGUUGCUGGGCAGCCAGUCCCCAACCUACAAAAGCCCGCUGCAGUCACCAAAAGCACUGCGGAUGAACGGGAACAAAUAUUUCACCCUGCCUGCCAGUGCAGGGACCCCUCUCUCCAGUGCUGCAACAGCAGCAUCCAGUAACGGCCCAAAAACAACAGGCACCCAUUCUGCAAGCCACAGGGAUCUGGCUCAGUCUCCAAAGCCAACCCUCCUGGAAAGCCAUCGGGCCUUCAGCACGUCAGCAGGCCCCAGCCGGAAAUCAUGCACCAGUCCGAAGACUCUAGGCCCUUGUUCCCCAUCCCCCAAGAGCCCUCUGCAGUCUCCUGUGAUGGCCGUGCACUCUCCAGUAAAGCGCUACUCCUCCAUGUCGCCCACUAAUUCUGAUGUAUCCCUUGACUCUGAAGAUUCAGGGAUCAAGUCACCCAGCAUCCGCAGCUUCAACAUCUGUCCCCGAGGCUGGAACGGCAGCCUGCGGCUGAAGCGGGGGAGCCUUCCCACCUCUUAGAUAUGGGGUGACAGAGCCCUGAAGCCUGUUGCCAAGACUUUGACACAUGUCUACAAGCACUUAAUCCUGGCAACCUCGUGAGGCACAAGGAGGAAGGAGCUGAGUCUGCAGGGAUCUUCCCGAGCCGCCUCUGCAAGCCUCCCACUUUCUGGAGACUUAAGACAGGGUAGAACAAAGUUGCCUUGGGGGACAAGACUUCUCGGGGCAGCGUUGCCUGAAGAGGAUGGAAAUGUGGCUGAGAUUCUUCUUCCAACAGAACGGAUCUCUGUAGGAACCCUUUUAGUGCCUUCCCCCUGUCAUAGCAUUUGUGUGUGUGUGAGUGUCUGGCUUUCACAGGCUUGGAGUUCUCUAUCUCCGCUGGACUGGAGCCACCAGUGACUUCCUCUGCUCAGGGGAGAUUAGUAAGGCUUUGACUGCUUUUGUUCUCGCUCUGAAAUAUCCUAUGGGAGGAGAACAGUCACCCCCACCCCCCACCGCAUAAUCCCUGGCAGACUGUCAGUGAGCGAACAGGAUGACAGACCUGUCAACUUGUGUCUGCCUUCCAUUAUAGUUGUUAUUCUCCCCACACACACAGUCUGAUGGGGCCACAAGUCAGGCCUGCCUCCAUGCCAGUUGCCUGAGGGAACAAGCAGAGAGUGAAAAACAAUCACAGAGGAGCCCACUCAGCAGUCUGUGUGAUUUAGUGUUGCCCCCAGAAAGAAGGGCUGGUUUUAUAUCAAUCUGACAAACUCAAAGAAGAGCGCCUCGGGGCCUUUCUCUCUCUCAGUUCCUGGAGUGGAGACAUCCCAAGCCACAGAAGAAUGAGAGCAGAGCUGAAGAAUCCUGUCAACUACUCAGGGCAGGGGGUGCGAGGGAGGUGCCCCUUCUCUGCCAUGCCCAGAAGAGGAAAUGCGCCACAUGGAGGACCAAAAAGCCACGGGAAGUGGCAGGCCCUGCUCCUCCAGCUCCCCUGCAAACACUGCCAGAGCCUUCCCAUCGGGGACUGUGAUGCAGUGAUGCCCACAUGCUGCCCAAACAUUGCGGGAGCCAAGGAAGGCACAGCAAUGAGCACACAUGCCCAGCACGUGCUCUUGCAUGACAUCAAACACCCCCUGCUGUCAGCCGCAGUGGCACAGCCAGCCACGGCGGUGGUACAGUCCAGACAUGGGAAGCCACCUUACAAUGCUCUCAAGCACUGCUUCGGAGCCCGGUAUGUGGAGGCAAGCAAGGAAGAGGCGUCUGGCAGAGCUCUCUGCGCUCACCACACUGUGGGCGAUGGGUUCAUGGCCUGCGCAGAGAUGGGAAGAUCCUUUUGCGAAGCAGCCACAGAGAGAAGCUGCUGCAGAAAACAGGUUGACAGAAGCAUUGCCCAUGCACCGUUCCCUCAGGCGCAGCAGCCAGCAGGAAUCAGAUGCGUCAUGGGGCAGUGGUCCCCAUGCCAUGGGCCCUUCGGUGCGCCAGCUGCCCCGUGCAGAGUCCCAUCCUAAGGCCGUUCCCGUGGGAAGCAGGGCAGAGGAGCACGUUGUAAAGUCCUAGCCUUUACUGAUCAGCAUCUGGGGUGGAGGAGUCCCUGAAAGGAAUAAAUCCAGUGCCUGUGAGUAUAUGUACCCCUUCCUCUUGGGGGUUGCAGUGGCACUUGGUAUGUUUGUGCGACAACAGCAUGAUCUGCUCCCUGUGUCCUGGCAGUGAUUCCUCAAGGCAAAAGUGCUGACAAGCGUUUUGUGAGCUCCGGCAAUGGUUGGCACGGUGUGUCUGACUGUCUCCCAUGGACAGAUGGCCCAAGUGUGGUGACACAUUCCCCCCCUCGCAUCAUGUGUGGGAGACGCUACUCCUUCUCUUGGUGUUUGUGGGGAGAGCAAAAGGGGACCAAUUUAGACAAAACACAUUAUUCACUCAUGGCAAGAGUGGGGAGAAAGACAUGGGAAACCGUAGCAGUCCAGCUUUGUAGUAUGGUUACCCCCUUUCCUUGCUAGCAAAUGUACAAGCUUGUUGAGGUUCCCUAUUUCCCCCUUGAAGCUUGGUUUGCCUUGUGUGUGUACCCAAAUUAAAACAAAUUUAUUACUGGGCAGCAAAAACCGCAGUUUUAGAAGUGUACACCCCAAAUGCAGACUUGUCCUCCAUUCAGUAAAGCUGGAAAGAUGCAAUUAUUUUGAAGAACAAGCUCACGAGUUUAGAAACAUGCAAACAUUUUGCAAGCUCAAGUGAAGUUAAGGUCCAUCCCUGCCGCUUGCUUACCGCUGCUGAGUGCUCUGCCUCCCUGACAGCGCCAGUCACUGGAGCAGAUCAGGGCUUUGCCCCCCGGGGCGCCAAAGCAGAGAAACUGAACCCAUGCGCUCAAGUUCCUGGGCGAGCUCUAGAGUCAGGCUGUUUUGUGCAAGGGGGACUCUUUUUCCCUGCAAAGACCCCUUGCCCUCUUGCUCUUCUCACAGGGGUCCCCCACCCCUGUGCUUCACCAUCGUUUCCAGAAAGAGGGCUCAUAGUGUGAGCUAGGAAGGCACUGUGCAGCACUUCUGUCCUUUCUUAACGGAUUCCCCGCGAUGACUGAAGGGAUGUAGGAAGUGGCGGGAAAACAUGGGAAGGGGAUGAGAGGAAGAUGAUGCUGCUUGCUUCCCACCCUGUCCCCCCAGUAAAAUUCCAUCAUGAUGGUGAUGGCGGGAUAAGAGCCUCAUCUGGAAGCGCCCCGAUUGUGCAUUGCAUAGAGCUAGAGAGACAUAAGUCUAUGUCACAAAACCCCUCAGCUUAGAUGCAGUUUCCCCUCAUGGGCUUCUCUACGUGUGAUGGGGAGCUGUGACUGAGGACUGCGUUAUGCCACACCCAACCCUCCAUCACGGUGACAAGGGCAGGGAAGCCACUGGUGAAGCCAAAGCUAUUUUUCAUGGGAGAGCAAUGCCUUGUGCUCAGUCAGAGGCUGGUUUCGUGUUGCAUCGUCGAGGGGCCGUGGCCAUUGUCCUGCCCACGGCUCGGGCCUGUUAUAGCCUUUCCGCCGGCAGAUCUUCACUGGCAAUCAGAUCUGCCACCACUCUCUUUGGAGGCCUAUCUGGGCAGUGCUGCUGACAGAUUCUUUGUGCUGGCGACUGAUCUUGCAUUCUGCUGGUGCAGCAGGGCUUCUGCCGGACUCUGUGGCCAGUCAGCAGGCAGCCCUUGAGAACACGAUUGCUUCUUAAAUCACACAGCCCUUGUAUGUUACACAAAAGGAAUGUGAGUCCAAGUGCCAGAAAGUUGUCAGUGUCCCUAAAAAAAUAGAAAAACAUCUGGAAUUCUUCCUACAGAAUAAUAAUAAGUCCAGCAUUUGAAGAGAGAAUGAGUACCAUGCGUCCUCAGCAAGACUGUGUCAGAACUAACACCUCUAAGUCAAUUUCUGGUGGACAUCCAGUUUAUUAUGGGACAAAAAAUAUCCCAGCACACCCUAAUGGAAAAGAACCAUUGAAUCUGCCUGUAUGGAGGCAUCCCUCUGGGGCACCCAGACCAUGUGACCUGCACAAGCCAGAAAACAGUUCCUGGAAGACAGGAGUUGGCAGCCUGCCUUCCAGAUGCUUUUGGACUCUAUUUCCCAUAAACCACAGCCAGUGUAGCUAAUUGUCAGAAUUAUGGGAGUUGAAGUCCAAAACAUCUGGCGGGCAUCAGGCUGCGGAACAAUAACCUCCUGAUUGCACAUAUGCACACACCUUCAUCUUACUCAUGACUGCAAACCCGGAAUUAUAUCUGGCUAUUAAAGCAUUUGUUGACGAAUCCAGUAUAGGGCAGCAAUAAAAAGGAGAGGAAGACUUCUGCCAGUGUCCUCCUAAACCGGUUUGAGAAAACAGGCUGGAUGCAGCAAUAACAGGCUUUGAAAAUGGAAGCGUAAGUUCUCAAUCCAAUUGCCAUUAGGAUGGAGGAGUGGAUGCUUCCAGAUAGACGGCUUCUAGUGCUAACAGUUCUUGUCCCCCUUAACAGAUUUUGUUCAGGUUAAAAACAGGGAUAAGAAGUGGUAGGAAAAUAGGGAAGCAGUACAAAUUGAAGACAAGAUCUGGACCUGCCCAUCCAGUUUUGUGUCUGAGACAGAGCAAUUCCAGAUAGAUGCCUUAUGUAGAAGCACACUGACUCAUUGGCAAAGAAAGUAAAAUGGCAACCAGCCUUGUCAUCCAUUUUCUGGUAUAGGAAGACAGAAGUGGACAGCAAAUAAAUCCCAAGUGGUGGCUUGGCUUUCAACUCCCAGCAUUCAAGACCAUUGGCCAUGCUGGUAAGGGCUUCUGGGAGUUAAAGUCCCAACACCAAGAAAGCUACCUGCUGGCUACCUCUGUGGUAAGGGACGCCAUAGAAAAGUAGAAAGGAGCUUGUUAGCAUGGGAAAUGACUACUGGACUCCUCAAGACAAAGCUCACCUUCACUUCUUUGCUAUGUUCUUCCAGCCAGUGAGAAACUGCCUCUCCUGCCUGCACUCUCUGAUGAGGCUGCCCCUCCCCAACAUCCAGGCCAUUUUCUCUCUUGCCUGCAUGCUGUGUGAUACGGUAUCAUGUUUUAGCAGACUCCAGCCAGCCUUGGCGUGGCUCGGGCCACAUCAGGUGUUUUCCUCACUUGCCCUCAACUCUGCACUUGUGCUCUAUUUUUAUCCCCCUGACCUUUAAAGACAGGAAUGCAUAUUGUUCAGUGCUAAUUCAAGGAAGGAAUAAGCAAAGGCCCCGUCUUUGUUCUCCUCUGGUCAUGCAUAGCUUUCGCAGGAGAUCCACCUUUGUUCUCCUCUGGUCAUGCAUAGCUUUCGCAGGAGAUCCACCUUUGUUCUCCUCUGAUCAUGCAUAGUUUUCGCAGGAGAUCCACCUUUGUUCUCCUCUGAUCAUGCAUAGCUUUCGCAGGAGAUCCACCUUUGUUCUCCUCUGAUCAUGCAUAGCCUUCGCAGGAGAUCCACCUUUGUUCUCCUCUGAUCAUGCAUGGCUUUUGCAGGAGAGCAAGCUGCAGAUUGCGGGUUCCUUGGAAACCAGCCAGGGCACCCUAGCCAAGCUACCUUGUGCAGCACAGUUGCACAACAGGGUCAUUUUAAAGGUUUCUUUGGGGAUAAGGAGAAGUAGGGCGUGUGGGACAACCAGGUGUAUCAAGCAAGCAUUACUGGAUGGAAGCAUGUGGAGGACAUGAACAUCAGGGCCUGUUGGAGUCAUGUUUCAGAGAAAGGCUGUAACCCUGCACAACUCUGCUUUGUGCCAUUUGGACAGUCGCUGCUCAAGUGAGCGAGCGAGCAAGCCUGGAUGAGGAACUGCAUGAAGCGAAAACCUAGGUUGCUUUUUUUCUUUCUUCAUUUAACUGUCAAGCGGCUGGUGGUUGGAUGGCGUGAAGGAUACAGGCAGAGCAUUCUCCCCUGCUGCCCUGCCCUCAGCCCCAAAUGAUGGACUACCCCUGGCAGUAGCUUAGUGGAAAAAGACAUGCUUUGUGUUGAAAGUUCCAGGUUCAGCUCCAGGCAUCUCCAUGGGCAGCCCCAGUCAACACAGACCAGGAACAGGGAACCCGCACUGCUCUAGAAAUUGUUGUACGCCAUCACCCAUCAUUCCUGACCAUUGGCAAUGCUGUCUGGGGCUGGUGGGAGCUGCAGUAACUUUGGAGGGCCACUGCUUCAUCCAUCCAUGCAGUAACAUCAGAUGCAGGAAAUACAAAUCAGUCACAACAUCUGGAGCAUACAGAGGUGGUCAGGACCUCACACACUGAGGUAGAUGGCUCAGUAACUUGAUCUAAAACAGUUUCCCACAUUCGCUGUCCAUCUUUUUGUUUUGUAAGCGAAGGCUUACAAAUUUCAAAGCGAAGGCUUUACAGAUUUCAUCACCCUAAGUGACGCUUUGUUAACCCCAUCCCCUCCACAGCCCCUGACAUUGUGACAACCUCCGUUUGGGCCUCAUGACAUCAUUUAGAAUUGCUGCAGUCAGCAACGGUAGAGGCUAGAGGCUGGCUCCUCGGCGGUGAAGCCACAGUGGGGUUUUUGCCGCCCAUGUUCUGCCUUGACUCAGCACAAUCAGAGAGCUAAGCGCUCUGUGUAAGAACACCCAGUACUACAAAAUGUUUGCUGCCCCACAGCUGCUUGGCUUCAUGAUCCUGGAGGUUACAUGGAUACUUCGCUGCUGCUCUGGUUUCACCAGAGGAAUGGCAAGGGAGCAAAGAAUAUCUAUCACAUGCUGAAUCCUACACGGAGGUCUCUGUUGCGACUGACUGGCCUAAAUGAUCCAUCUCAGUCCCACAGGCAGGGAGCAUAUGGCGCAUCAGGUGCCAUUCUCAGAUAGCUCUGGGGCCACUCAGUUGUCCUUUAGAGAAGGAGCAAAGCAGAGGGCAGGACAGGAAGGGGACACGGAAAGGCUGUUGGCGCCCUCUGAAGGUUUAGGGUAUGAACUGCAGGAUUGUUUGUUCUAGGAAUGACGUGAGAAAAAGGUCUAAGAGUCAGGUGAGCUGAAAAGACACGGACGUGUUUUUUUCAUGUUGAGUCUUGCACAAAGAGAGCUCUGUGGCAGAGAGAAGACUGUUCCUGGUCACUUAAGAAGCUCUUGUUUAGUAAGCAGAAGGAAAUGUUGCAUGUCCUUGAGAGUGCAGGGGGGAGACACGGAUCUGGGAGGAGGUGUUAAAAGAAACCAUUUGCGAUGUCAAGAACCCUUCAAGGCCUCCUUUUGUUCCCUAAACCAUGGUGGCAGCCAUGUAGCCUAUAAACACAUCAGUGCUUGCAGAUGAAGAAAGCAAAGAUGGGUCUUGUGUAGAGAGGCUGAAAAGUAUGAAACACAAAGCAACUCAGUAGGAAUAGACUGCUGUUCUUCCACAUGGACCAAUAAUCCUGCUUUUCAGUAGAGAGGGGAUUUAAAAAGAAAGCAGCUUCAUACAGAUGUGUGUCCAUGCAUGAAAGAAGCAACUUACAUCUUGAUUUCCCAUUAUGGUAUUUAGAUACUUCUCGAAGCCCUACAGAAGUCCUUUAAAAAGACAUUGUCUAAGCCAGGGGUGGGGACCAGAAUGCUGUUCAGCAUGGCCAGUGGGCAGGGAUGGAUAAGAGCUCAGGGCUGUCUUAACAGCAUUAUGGGCCCCGGGCAAAGCAGUGUCCUGGGGCCCCUACGACCACUACAACUACUGUUAAUUUUGGAAGUUUUCCAAUUUUCCAAGGGUUAACAUGCACAGAUUAGUAUGGGGCCCACAGGCAAGUGCCCACCAGGCCCAUGCGUUAAGGCGGCCCUGUAAGAGCUGCAGUCCAACAACCGCUGGAUAACCACAGGGUUCCUACCAGUGGUCUAAGCAAUCACUGAGGCAGUGCUAAGCAAAACUGUAUUCCAGUCUCAGAAGAGACUUAAGAAAGAGAAACAGUCUUAAGAAAACUGACACUCAAGGCAGUCCAAAGCGCUUUUAUGCAGCUGAUGGUAGCCCCUGUCCGUCUAUACAGCAGAGAUGGGGAAUUUGUGCUUCUCCGAUGCUUGACUACAAUUCCUAUCAGCCCCAGCCAGCAUUACCAAUGAGGAUAGAAGAUGGGGACCAAAAACAUCUGGAGGGACACAAGUUUAUCAUUUGCGUGUGCCGGGUGCCUUCAGCUGGCUGAUGUGUGUCAACACCACUCGCCCCUUGUCCUGCUACUUGCUGAUCUGAAUUCUUUUCAGAGUUUUCUAUUUCAGCAUGGGAUAACCCAGAAUACUCAGAGAUAGGACCAAGAGGCAGUGAGACCUAUGUUGAUGAUGUAAGUAACUGGUCAUGAAAGUGGUAUCUUUCAGUAUCUCCAAGAGGGAUGGCUUCAGCUGAGAUUAAUUCCAUACCAAACUACGAAGUCAAUGUGCAUCAUCAAACUCCAUGGAUCCAAACUCAGUAACAGAGUUAGCUUUCUUCUUCAAAUACAAAUAAACCUCCUAAAAUCAAGUGGAAGAUUGAUUUUUUUCCAGUUUAAACAAAAUUUGAUUAAUAGAUGGGGAGAUGCAGUUGUUUGCUUUUUAAAAACUUUGUAAGCAUUUGUUUUUCAAAAAAUUGAGAAUGUAACAUUUGUCUUAAUGUAUGCAAAUACUGUGUGUAAAUAGCACAAUCAGUUCUGAAUUGCUGCUGAAGCAAUGUAGACCUGCAGUGUCCACUCCGCACCCUUCACUGUCUCCAGGUUGUUCAUUCAGUACAAGUUGUUUGUUAUGCAAUCCAUUUCUUAGUGGCUGUUUUCCAUUAUGGGAUUAAUUCAGUUAUCAGAUAUGCCUGAUUUCUCAGCUAUGUGACCUCCCCUGCCCCCCAUGUAGAUUACAAAGCAAGCUGAAUUAGGGGGUAUAAUGAAGUUCCUACACUCCCCCAGCAAUUUAUAGUGCAAUCCUAUUCAGGUCUAUACUUAGAAGUAAGUACCACUUAGUUCAAUGGGAGUUACUCCCAGGAAUCUGUGUAUAGGAUUGCAUCACUGAAUUAUUUAUCCUCCACUGCCUUUUAGCUUCAAAAGGAGAGGUCUGAGAUGCUUACACAGAUCUGGACUCUGUUUCACCACAGAAUGCUGGAGAAGGCCCAGCUCUUGAGAGAUCCCAGAAAGCAGGGUUUGCGGCAGUAUUGUAAUGAGGGAAAUUGUUUGACAGUUUCAAGAGCCUCUGCCUGCACGCAGAUGUGUGAUCUCUCUUAGUGUUGCUGCCUCCCUGGAGUGUCUCCAAGAAAACAAUGCACAAGAGGAAGGCUCUAUAUUAUGCAAUAUACAGGCAUGGUUGGGCAGGCAGCUCCGAUCAGUGAAGGAGGUGCUUGAGCACAAAGAUGUUGUGUAUUAGAUAUUGCAGGUGUGUCACUUUGAGGCUUCAAGGGCACACCGUGUCUUUGGGCUCAGGAGGCACCUUCAUUCAGAACUUCUGUAAGCAAGAGAAUGCCUUGGGCUUGCCGUAUCUCACCAGAUGCUGUUUACUUUAGCACUGUGCCACAACUCUGUAUAACAAACUCUGGAAUAAACCAGAAGUUAGUCCUCA